AGAAGGCAUCUUCUUUAUGGCACCAACUUGUAACCGCAUUCUCUCUCAUUAAUCUUCCCAUUUACUUCAACUUUCUCACUUCUCAAGAUCCUCAGUUCCCCUCACUGGUUCUACCGCUGGUGUGUGUCUUCUUCCCUGGUCUAAAAAGUUUGUUUCAUGAAGCUUCAAUACGAUUCUGGGAAGCUAAGCUAAUAUCAUGAACAGUGAAAAGAUCGAACUCUCCCCUGUCCAGGAAGAAAGAGAAGUUGUUUUGUCAAUCCCUAUGCCUGAGAGUUCCUCUGGGAUCAUUGAAGAAAAUGCAAAUGCUAAAAGUGGGAAGAAGCCUAACCUUUUUCUAGAGAUACCCACAAGAACAAUGGAGGAUUCGAGUCAAGAGUUGGUUCACAUAAAACCAUUUCCAACACCAAAGAAGGUGAAUUUUGAUUUGACACCAUGUCAUGCAGGUCCAAGUGUAAAUGUUUCAUCACCUGGCCCAUUAUCAUCCAGAAACCGAUCAUCGAUCAGGAAUCUGUUGCCUAAAUUAAGCUUUAAGCACCGGAGCUGUAAUCCAGAUUCAGAGAAGGGGGGUACUGAUAUUGAUUCUGGUUCUUUAGAAAAGCUCCCCAUAUCAAGGUCUUGGUCUUUCACUAGAAUUUUCACACCCCGCAUGAAGAGGACCUCUUCCUUGCCACUUGAUCCUAUUGUGCAUUCAAAUCCAGAGCUUGCACGUGUGGGAAGCAUAAGUAACCCUCCAACACCAGCUUCAAAAGGAGCUCUUAAGUUCAUUUCUCGGUCACUUUCUCUACCAGCUAACAGCAAGAAUCAAAACACUCGGAAAGUGGAAUGUUUUUUUCGAGUUAUACCUUCGACACCUAAAGUAAGAGAUGUGAACUCCAGUAUUCCACCUACAAAUUCAACCGGAGAUUCUGAAGAAAAUGAGGAAGAUGGUGAAGAUAUACCUGAAGAAGAAGCUGUUUGUAGGAUCUGUUUGGUUGAACUGUGUGAAGGUGGAGAGACACUCAGGAUGGAGUGCAGCUGUAAAGGUGAACUUGCUCUGGCCCACCAAGAAUGUGCAGUUAAAUGGUUUAGCAUUAAAGGGAACAAGACAUGUGAAGUGUGCAAGCAAGAGGUCCUUAAUCUCCCUGUUACACUGCUCCGGAUUCAGAGUGUACGGAAUGCUAAUAGUGGCGCAAGUAGGUUUGGUCAAAUGGAAAUAAAUGGCCAUAGGGUUUGGGAGGAAGUGCCCAUUCUGGUCAUUGUUAGCAUGUUGGCCUACUUUUGUUUUCUUGAGCAGCUAUUGGUUGGGAAGAUGGGUACUGGUGCCAUUGCCAUUUCAUUGCCGUUCUCUUGUGUCCUCAGCCUUGUUGCAUCUAUGACUGCAUCCACCAUGGUUAAGAGAAGAUUUAUCUGGGUUUAUGCAUCUGUUCAGUUUGGACUUGUCGUAUUCCUGGGUCAUGUUUUCUACUCAUUGGUAUGAUGCGGCCUCUUUUCUUUUCCCACACCAUCUUUUUUGAAUCUGGUAUAUGGGACAAGGUGGAUAAUGGGGAGUCAUCACAUUAUAAAUUUAUAAUGCAUGGGCAUGCAUGUUUUGCAGGUUCACCUGCAAGCCAUAAUGUCAGUUCUUUUGGCAACGUUUGCUGGGGUUGGCGUUGCGAUGAGCGGAAGCUCCAUCAUAGUUGAGUUUUGUAGGUGGAGAAGAGGACGACGCAACUUGUUGGAUCAACAGCAACACAUUCGUCCAGCGGUGCUUCCUCCUGAACAACAGCCACAACAAUCUGAUGUGGAAAAUCCAGAAACUCUCAGGGGGAGGCAAUAAGAAAGUACUUCAGGAAGUGAGAUAUUAUUGUACAGCUGUAGAAGGCAGAUUUCGUAUUAAACUCUUUUGGAAGUGUCAUCUUUAGAUGUUUAGGGCCGGUUUGUAACGAUUGGUGAAUCUAAUGAAUUUUAUGUUCAAGGACACUUUGGUUACUUAUUUUCUUAUGUUUGGUUUUGAAAAUGUAAAUGGAAGUGAAAUAUUUGUUUCUUUUUGUCUACACAUGUGUGGAUUUCUUUAUUAUUUAAUAAUAGGCGUAAGUAAAUAAAUUGUGUAUCAUCAAAUAUUUAAUGAGAAAACUAUCAAAUAGGCCCUAGUACUUUGUGUGUCUGCU